AUACUUUCCAACACUGGCACUUGUCAUGCGCAGGCGCAGCCAAGUUCAAGUGGAAAAAGUUUAUUUCUUCAUUUUAAUAUUAAAAAUUUGUGAUAAACUUCAGAGGCUAUUGUUCCGAUGGCUCUAUCAAGCAACUUCAAUUUGCGAUCCAAAGUGCUGGUUCAUCCAUUGGUGCUUUUUCAGAUCAUCGACGCCUACGAACGGCGUCCCAAGGAUGCCAACCAGGUCAUUGGCACUCUGCUGGGUCGCUUUAAUAACAAGCAAGGUCGCACCGAGAUUACCAAUUGCUUUUCCGUGCUUUACAAGGAAAAUGGCAGCCGCCUUGAACUCAAUCUAGGUUAUGCCACGGACAUGUUAGAGCUGAACCAACUGAGCUUUCCCCAUGAACGCGUGCUCGGAUGGUUCGCCACCGGGAAGGCUGUCUCUCGAUCGGCAACGCAGCUCCACGACUAUUAUGCCAGGGAGUGCUCCACUCGUCCGCUGCACUUGUUGGUGGAUGCCGCCCUGCGGGGUCAGCGACUCUCGAUGCGCCUAUACUGCGGCGUAGAAUUGGGAGUGCCCGCUGGCACCAAGGGUCUCAUGUUCUCCAUGUUACCCAUGGAAUUGGCCAGUGGCAGUCCCGAAUCGGUGGCCCUGCACCUGAUGCAGAAGCAGAGCCUGCAGUCGGGCAACAAGCCGGUGGGUCCCAUCCUCCCGGAGUUGGUGCAAGUUGUGGAUGCCACGCGAGAUCUCCAGCAGCGUCUGGAUCUAGUGCUGCGCUAUAUUAACGAUGUCCUGGCCCGGAAGAGGAGGCCAGACAAUGUGGUUGGACGGGCUUUGCACGAUGCCUUGACCUCGGUGCCCAUGGUGGACUCUGAGAACUUUCAGCUGUUGUUCAAUGCAAAUGUUCGGGAUAUGCUGAUGACCAUCACGCUGGCCACAAUGAUCAAGACCCAGCUGCAGAUUGGCGAGAAGUUAUCCGGAAUGCAGGAUCAGGAUCUGGAUGCCCAACACUCAAAGUUUAAGUAUUGUCAAUAAAGAACUGCCCUGAAUCUGGGGUAUUCCCCGUUUUGGAAGUGAAAGCUA